AGGCCAAUACAUUUAUUUUAUUCACAUUAAUUGACUAUUACUAAUAAAUAUGGCAACUGAAACCUUCGUAUUUAAUCAAUACGUUUCAUCAAAUUUAACUUGUUGGAAGUUUCUGAUCACGUAGUAGCCUAUCUGUAUUGUGUGCUGUGGACCACCUUAUCACACACAAGACACCAGAUAACCAAUGGAAGGCCUCCUUGCACGAGCCAACGGACUCCCUGGCAACGUGUCUCGCGCGCUCAUUGGUAGAAGGUUGGAGAAUUCAACUUUGGGACGAUUCACACGAGCCAUUCGCGUGCAGCGUCCUCUAUAAAUAUGACCGUAGGUGAAAGUGACAGUGUUGACUUGUUAUCAACACCGUACUGGAAGGUCGUUAACUGCAGGAUGUAGCCUCAGCAAUAGCUACGUUGUAAUAAACACCUGUAACGAACAGAGUUGGUCAGGAAAAAAGUACAUGACCGGUGUUUGAAUAUUUCUCAAUAGGCUGGACUUUAUUGAACAAAUUUGGGACAAAUGAUUUGCUGAAGUUGACUGGACGAUUGUGGGAUAUUAAAAAAUUAAGAUGCCGGCUGAUAUUUUGGAGAAAACCUCCCCAUCUUCUGUUGCAGCCACCCCGUCGAGCGUAAAUGGAAAUCCGGAUAAACCAAGGACUGCCUCAGAGCACAGAAAGUCUUCUAAACCAAUUAUGGAGAAGAGAAGACGCGCGCGAAUCAACGAAAGCCUUGGACAGCUCAAGACCCUCAUACUGGACGCUCUAAAGAAAGAUAACUCCAGGCAUUCGAAGCUGGAGAAGGCAGACAUCCUUGACAUGACUGUGAAGCACCUAAGGAAUAUGCAGCGUCUUCAAAUGACUGGUGCUAUAAGCACGGAUUCAUCAGUCCUUGGCAAGUACAGAGCGGGAUUCAGCGAGUGCAUGAGUGAAGUCACCCGUUUUCUGUCCACACGUGAAGGGGUGAACAUGGAGGUCAUGGCCCAACUUCUCAGCCACUUAGCCGGUUGUGUGUCACAGAUCAACACCGUAAACUACUCAACUCAUCGCCAGAGCCUCACCUACCCUGCGCAUCCAGCGCAUCCAACGCUUGGCCAAGCCAUUGUGCAAAUCCCAAAUGCCUCGCCUCAGUUGAAUGUAAUCAUGCCUUGCAAAAGUGGCUCGCCAAUCGACUUCACGUCCGAAGUGGCUAAAUUCUACAGCGGACUUCAGAUUGUUUCAGCGACAGAUGGACAAUUCGCCUUUCUGAUUCCAAGCGCGGCCUUUGCGCAAAUGAGCGUGCCAAACGCCCUACGUGGCAAUCCAACAGUUGCGGUGGCGGUGUCACCUGUUGCACCUCCCAUCACUGCAGACUCCGUGUGGAGACCAUGGUAGGGUCAUUAGACUGAAGGACUUUUAUGCACCAUAACACAUUUUUUUCUGAUAUGAGUUGUUAUAUAUUUUUGUAUAGGCUGUUCAAACCAAUAGUCAAGAGUGAUGCUUACUCACAUGUUGUUGUUCUUUGAUGGAGAAUACACUUUUCCAUGAGAUAUAUUUUCAGUGAUGUCAUGAUCAUGUUUUAUUGUUGUGAUACAACAAUUAUUCAAAUGCCCUCAAAUGCCUUCCUUCAGGAAAUCAAUAAAUUCUUCAAAUGAAA